UCACUGUAACAGCUCUUGUUUAUACCAUGCCACUAUAUAAGCAACCCACUAGCAAUCCCAAAAAUCAUCUUCUAAGUUCUAAAUUUGUUCUUCUUUUACAAUGGAAAAUUCUGGUUUAGGACUCGUUUUUGCAAUUCUAGUCAUGUUGGUGCCGUGUUUGGCCACAGUUUACACUGUAGGAGACUCCAGUGGCUGGACAAUAGGUGUUGAUUAUGGAACUUGGACCAGUGGCAAGACCUUUUCUGUUGGUGACAGCCUUGUGUUUAACUAUGGAGAAGGGUACACAGUAGAUGAAGUAAAUGCAAGUGACUACAAAACAUGCACCGUAGGUAAUCCAAUUACAUCAGAUAGCAGUGGAGCCACCACCAUAUCUCUAAAGACAGAAGGGACUCACUAUUACAUUUGUGGAGUGGUUGGCCAUUGUGAGAGCGGAAUGAAGCUUUCUGUCAUUGUUAAUGCAGCUAAUAGCUUCUUCAUUGAUGUGGAAUGAAGAAGCAUCAAUAGGCAGUGUGGGAGUAAAAUGGAGCUUGUUGUCACUGUUAAGUUAAUUCUGACAAUAUAUUUUUUUUUUUUUUUUGAUUGAAUAAUAGGUUCAAUGGACCAAAAUAUAAGGAAUUAAAUUAUUUUCAAUAUUUGAAUUUAUGCAAUUGAAUAAAUAAUUUGGUUUGUAAUGCAAGAA